AAGAAUAAAGUUUAAAAUCGCUUGACGUAGCCACACUGUAAGGUUGCCAUUGAUUUGCACAACCCACCGCUAUCCGAAAUCACCAUGCAUGGUGGUCAGCGCUUAAUUCGCCUGCUGCCUAACAGUCUUUUUUUGUUUUUGUUUGAGAGGAUCCUGCCUGCCUUUCUUUUGUUUAGGGGUGAGAGGAUCCUGCCUGGAAUCAGGCCCGAGCCCGUCUAACUUCAAGUUGGCCUGCUCCGUCGCGAAGACUUGUUGGAGGACUAGUCCAGGGCCCAAGCCCGUCCAACCUAAUGUUGAAAAAACAACUCAAAUGAAAAUGAAAAGUUAUUCUUAAAAAAAUGAUGAAAAAGAAAAGACCGCGCCACAGGAUCCGUGUCAUUUGCCCCCUGCCCAAUCAGCACGUGCGCAAGGUCACAUGGCAGAUCGGACGGUGCAGAACCGAUCACGCAGCGAGAUGCUGCUCCGCUACGCACAUUACAUUCACGGGUUAAUUAAUUACAGGUGUACAAAAAUCGGAAGAAAACAGAGACCGGAAAAACACACGUGCAAGGGAAUGACAUUUGCAACCGUCGUACUACUGCGAGCCCUGCAACCGCCGCGCCGUCAUCCCCAAAACCGCCGGUCGUCGCUUUCUCCCGCCAUUCCACGUACUCUUUCUUCUCUUCCCCUCGACCGGAUCCUCCCUCCCGCAGGCCGCGCGCCGGCGGCAAGAAAACAGAAAAAACUAGAAACCCAGCAUUGCUCGCGUUGAUCGACGAUGGCGAGCGGCGACGGCGGCGAGGAAGAAGACCUGGGGAUGUUCGUGGACGCGUUGCCGCUGCCGGACGACUUCGACGACGUCCUGCACUUGCUCGACAUUCCCGUCGACGCCGCCGAGGCCGAUCCGCCGGUUCUUCAACCGCCACUCACGGGCACGGCCGCCGCGGCAGUACCGGUGCAGCAGCAGCAGUACAAUAUUGCGGACUGCUACGACUACCAGCCUGCUAGCACCCACGGUUUAUCCGGCAAUGCUCGUCCUUACUGGCCACGGACGAUGUUCGCUGAUGGUUGUUACUCAACCGGUGCCGCCGCCGUCCACGGCGAACCAUCCACGUCGGCGGCGGACUGCAGCGGAUGCCAAGUGCUCAGAGAAGUCGUGCACUCCAACGGAUUGGAGGUCGCGAAGCUGUGCAUCCAUGGCGGGGCGCCCGGCGUGUUCAACCAUGCCAUGUCAGAGGUGUAUCCUGUCAACAACAACUCCGGCGGCGGGUCGGCUCCUCCGUCCAUGACGCAACACUCCUGCAUCGAUUUCAGAGGGCGGGACUACGACUGGGUGCGGCACUACCUGACGGAAUACGCGCUGCGUCUAGCCGCGGGGAACUACGCCGUCGUCAGCGACUCGCUCUCCGUCUUCCACGACGUCCUCUGCACCGACAUGAACACAAGCAUCAUCCUCCUGGACGACGACGGCCACGAAUCAGCGGGGACAACUAAUGCUUGUAGGAAACAGGCCGCCGCCACCGUCGACUCUGCUGCUGCUACCGCCGCCGCCGUGCAGCCUACGAUCCAGAUCAGGAACACAGAGCCAGACCAACCUGCAGCAGGGCCGUCUCAACCACCAAGAUGUGCCACCGAUGUGCGAGUGAAACAGCAGCCCUUGCACCCGGUUGCAGCCAGGAGCGCGCUUGCAUUACAGGUAGAGAGGGAGAGAACUGGGAAGAUGAAGUUCGACGACAUCGCCCCCUACUUUCACCUCCCCAUCGUCGAAGCAGCCGAGAAGCUCGACGUCUGCGCCACCGUUCUCAAAGGAAUCUGCCGCAGGGUCGGCGUACAACGGUGGCCGCAUCGAAAGGUGAAAAAAAUUAGACAGAGAGAUCACAAAACUCAGGAGAUCGGGUAA